UUACGAGCACAAAAUGCGACUUUUGUCUCCUUGAUGUGCAUGUAAAGUAAAAAUUAAAGUGAACGACCACUGUUAGUUGUGUGUUUAUCAAAAUCAUUCAAUUUAAUGGAAAAAAGCUGCGCCCUUUUCUAUAAUUGUCCAGCGUUAUCUGGAUUCACUGAACAAGAUGCUCUUUUCAUGACAAUAAAAGAGUUGGUAGACAAUGCUGUGGAUGCCUGCCGUCAUUCUAAAGCAUUGUUUAAACAUGAUGCGGACAUUUCAAAAAAGAAAGUGUCUCUUCAGCUUCUUUUCGACCCCACCUAUACGCCUGACGAUGAUAAGAAGUUGUCUCCCCAAUUAACUCUCUGGAUCAAAGUUUUGGAUAAUGGAUCUGGAAUUGAGCAUAGCACGAUUGAGCAUCUGGGAACGUUGUUUGGUUCUUCGAAGCCCCCUUGGUGCCACCCUGAAAAAGCAUCAAAAGCACACGAUUCACUGCCUCAGUCCCUCACUAACAAAAGGGUCUAUGAGACGCCUUCAAGCAGUCCUGAAUCCUGGCUUCAUUCGCAAUCUGACCAUGAAACUUUAAACGUUUACGAAAAAAGUUCUUCAUGUGAAAAUGUACCUAGCGGAAAAUUCGGAUUAGGACUCAAAAUGGUUUUGCUCGUACGACACGCCUUUUGUUUUUUCAUCAUUUCAAAUAAUUCAAUUCUUCGCAAGGCAUCUCAUCGUAAUGGAUUAGGUAAAUUGGAUUUUCAAAUUCGAGUUUCACCGACGUCUUUAGCUAACUUUCGACUUAAGCUAAACAAUCCUGAUUCCAGUGGAGCGAUUCAAGUCGAGAAUUUACAUUACACAUUUUGCCACUAUAAUGAUUGGCCUUGGAUGACAUCUGUUGCCGUUCAGAUCACACACACGGAUAUUGCUGAUUGCCGUGUCACCAACUAUUUUGAUUUACUUGCCUUAUGGAAUCCAGAGAUUCAAUUCACCUAUGAAUUUGAUAAUACUUCCCUACUCCAAUGCUCGACUAUCACCUGUAAAAACUCCUAUGACGUGUGUUGGUUUGGCCUACUGGAUCCACAUCCUUCCUCAACAACAGCUAAAACAACUACCAUUACUUGGAACCCGUCUCUUGUUCUUUCUCUACAAGAACGUUUCUCACAACGCCUGCAUCAUCAAGGCUAUUUUGUACUUCAAUCCACAAAGAUUUCAAAAUCCAAUAUAACUUUAGUCCUUUUUUUAUGCCGUCAUAACAAUGCUGCCAAUGAACAGUUAACAGAGGAGACUGAUUACAAGACUCAUUUAGCUUUACUUGAGGAUACUGUAAAAAUAUGGUCAUGGAAAUCUUGUAAUCGCGUGCCGCUCUCUUCAGGAGACAGUUCAAUUUGCUUUAUCACUCAAUGUCUUUUAAAAUUCUUUAAACGUUUUGGACACUACUACGGUAUUUUUAACGUCGCUUGUCAAAGUUCCGUCUCCAACAGCGAUCAAUUUCCUGAUGAUUCCUUCUUUAAGAUGGUUUCCUUACUGAAAACGCACCGCGUCGCUUAUGCCACUUGGACAGACCUUUUUAUGUUAAUUAACUUUGAUAUGGAGCAUAUCGAGUAUGGUUCUUUUAGUAAGUCCUAUAUUAAAGGGCCCUCUUGUAUUGAACCUCAAUUUUUGAGCGCGUUGCAAGAAGGAUUUCUAAAUUUACAAACAAAGUGUGGCAAUUUGUGUCAUGAACUUAUCAGUGUGCAAAAAGCCCAGUAUUUAACUGCUCUCUCGAAAGAUGCACCUAUUUUAGCCUCAAGUCUUGCUACACUAAUACAAAACUCAAUGAACUCAGAGUUUCGAAAGCAAAUGCAAGAAUUCAUUGAAGAACAAGAAAUGUUUUACGGGCUGACGGCCAUUUCAAGCGGACAAGAUAUUUCCCUCGAACAACGGUUUCUCAAAUUACUGCGAAAGCGACUACAAGAUGCUUACGAGAGUAUGGAGUCUAGAAAGACCUGUGUAAAAAAGAAAAAAAAAGUCUUUUCAUAAUUGAUGCAUCAUAAAACACUGUGACACAGAUUUUUACUAUUUGUUUGUAUAAAACAAAAAGAUUCAUUUUCAUAGUGC